GCCACUGUUAUAACCUUAUCAAACAUGGCGCGUAUUUGUGUGUUUUGUUUCUAUUCCUUUACUAACAGGUUCAGGAGCGUAUUAUAGAAGAACUCAUAUAAACAGGUUGUUAUUGGAGCUCCUUCGUGAUUAUUAGUCACAUUCUGGGAUACACAAUCGCUACCGACUAUGAAUAAUCAACCUCAAGAUAUUGGGGAUCAAGUCCCGGAACAAGAUGAUAUCUUGGAAACAAGCGUUAUAAGUUCGAGUAUAGCUGCUGUGCAACAGUAUGGCUGGUUCAUUGUUGUGGGCAUCUUGUGUGUACUGUACUACAGAAAAAGCAUCCAAGCAAAAUGGCAAGACAUGAAACGUAAACGAGAUGAAGAUAUCUAUGCAAAGAAAUAUGAUGCUGGCACAGCUCAAUCUAGACAGGAAGCCAUGGAGGCUGCCAGAAGACGCAUGCAAGAGGAGCAUGCGGGAGCUGCUGCCGCAUGGCAAUCACAGCAGGCUGAGAAGGAAAUGGUAAAGAGACAGGAGAAAAUCGAAGAUUGGGAGAAGCAUACUCAAGGUCUUGGCUACAGAUCGAAAAUAAAAAAGAAUGAUGAGAAGGCGUCACCGUCACAGCCCCCACCAAAGUCUACAAAAAGUAAACCACUUAGAAAUAAUGAUUACUCACCUCUGGCUGGUGCUGCAGGGCCAGCAUGUCAAAUUACUUUUGGUCGCCGUGGUGGUGGAAGUAGAGGUGGAGGUGGAUGAGGUUAAUGCCAAGAUUCCCACUUAAAGAUGUAGGCCAACUAGACUACAUCUGUCAAGUGAGGAAUUGCCUAGCCAAGAUAUUGUCCAUGUACAGCAAUAUUAUUGUAUACCACUGUGUAUGCUGCCACCAGUGCAAUCGCUGAAAAUCUGUACGUGAUCAGUCACCAGUAGUGACCAUCACAUUGAUAGCAGAUUAAGAAUUCAGAUUCUCACGUGCUAUUUACGUUAAGAAUCCAAUGUGGGAUAACUAUAUAUGACGAAUGGUGCCUCACACUUCACACUACUCUAACUCAACUAAUUCAAAACUGUUUCGAGAUCACAUUAUCAACAAUGACACAAUCAGUAAAAUACCUUGCUGAUUGACACACAUCAAAACGCCAUCGCUCUAUGCUUUGGCCCAAGAGUCUGCACCCAUAAGUCAGUAAUUUUGUGAAAUAAUUAUAUUUCAAGGGUGUAAAAGGUUCUGCCAUUGUUAGUGUGUGACCGCUUUAUCUCACUCGCUCUAGUGAUAUAGUGAGGUUUAUCUCAGGACAAACAGUGACAGACCCUCAUAAGGUUAUUUAUGCUACAGCUGAGGCCUUUAAUGCAAAGUGCAUACAUGGUGCAAGAUAAUUAUUAAGAUACAAAGCUGACAACACAUUAAUACCUGUGUAAGUUGCCAUGUUGGGUAGGGUGUGUGUAUUUAUUUUCACAGUGUGUGGACAUUGCUUUGUCAUCAUAUUCAACAUAUAGAAUGGAUAUUUAUAAGAGCCAGUGUCGUUAUGAUAAUAAUUUAAAAGACACAAAUCAUUCAUGAAGUGAAGAGUGUAAAGGUCAUAUGUACCCACUCUAUACUGAAUGCUAUCUAGCUUUGUGACUUUGACAUGAACGAACACAAUAAAAGUGCAGUGGACUAAUCGA